AUGCGAGCGGCCCAGGGUGUGACAGGUGACGUGAAGAUGGCCGCGAGUGACGUCCUGGUAGCUCUGGCCCGCUCCCACUUCCACUUUGUCAUGUCCGAGCUCCAGAGCCACCUGAAGGCCAUGAGGAAGGUCCCUGAUGAGAUUGUGCUCCUCACCUUGGGCAAAAUGGCCCACAGAUACGCCCUGCGGUGCAUCCCCUUUGUGGGAAUGACGCUGCUCACCCUGCGCGCCGUGCUGACCCAGGUGGGGAGCGGCGAGGUCCUGCAUGCCAUCUGCAGUGUUCUGGAGCAAUGGUCGAAAGGAGUCCAUACAUACUUGUGCAGCUGGGAGCAAUGCCCCUUCCCUCGCAAGGGGGUGGCACAGUUCUGUGAAGCCAUUUACCCGGUCUUCCGCUAUGUGGUGGCAAAUUGGCUGGACUGCAAGGAGGAAGAGGACAAGCAGGCUGUCCUCGGGGCAGUGGCUGCCAUGCUGGGGGUCCUUCUGCAUGAGGAGCAGCACCGAGAGCAUACCUGGGAGCAGCUCCUCUGGCUCCUGCAGCAAUACAAGGAGGUCCGAGACACCUCCCGGGUCACCAAGAGCCUCAGCUAUGUCCUGGAGAUACUGGUGGGAGUUCAGACCCCAAUCCCGCAGAGCACGGCUCUUGCCAUCAGCACCGCUGUGCACCGCCAGCUCUCUGAUGUGACCGAGGAGCCUGGCCUGGCCCAGAAGGCAGUGCUGUCCCGCUGCAUCAUGCUGCAGGGUAAGGAGAGGAGACUGGGCGAUGGCCCACCGUGCCGUGGCAGCUCUCUCCCUGUCCUUGGCUGUUGGGGACAGCUGCCUGCUGAUGCAGAAUGCGAUUUCUUCCCUGCAGCACGAAUGCGCCCCGAGGAGACAGGCAUGUUUCUGCACUCCCAGCUGAGCGGUGGGAGUGAGGCCGGUCGCGUGGCAGCCCUGGGCCUGCUGGGAGUGCUGGCCCACUCUGACGGACCUGCGGCGAGAGGGAAGCUGCCCCAGGUGGUGGAGGCCAUGUGCUCGUUGUGCAGUGACCCCAGUGCCCAGGUGCGGAGGGCGGUUCUGGAGUUCAGCAGGGAGCUGCUCAGCUCCGGAUCCCAGAGCUGCUGGCCAUGGGAUGUGGUGGGGCACAUCUUCAGCGAGUUCAGCCGGACCUCGGGCAGACUGGUGGCAGGAGGCCUUUUUGCCUGGGAAAACCCAGAGGAUAAAGCAAUUCGAGCCCUGUGCAUGGACAUCCUGGGCUCCCUGGACGUCACUCUGAGAGGGAUGACCAAACUCCUGUGGCCGAGGCUGCUGCAGUACGUGGUGCCAGCCCAGUACAGCGGCAUGCUGAUCCCGCUCUCCCGCUGUCUCCGAGCCCUGGUUGAGAGACGGGAGAGAGCGGGGUGCGAGGAGGAGGAGGAGGAGCCGGAUGCCAUGGACUCCCAGGAGCAAGCCCGGCUGCCGGCUCCCCAGGCCCUGCUGGCUCGACUGCUGGUGGUGGCGGCAGCUCCUUACCCGAGCCGCGAACGCGCAGUCGCUGCCUUGCAGCUGCUGCAGGCCCUCCACGGCAGGAUCCACAGAGGCUUGGGGGUGGCGUGGGCGACCGAGAUCCCCCUCCUGCUGCAGUACCUGGAAGGCAGAACUGAGAGCUCCCUGGCCUCUGCAGAGUGGGAGCGCCGUGUGCUUAAGUUUCUGCGAGCGUCGCUGGAGCCCGUCGAGGACGAGGCCUGGACCGUAGGCCUGAGCCAGGAGCUGAGCCAGCGGCUGGGCAGCUCUGCUGCCGGCUCCUGGGAGAAGCUUUUCCUGUACAAGGCUCUUGGGACGGUGCUGGCAGCUUGUCAGGACCUCAGACACGUCCAAGGGCAGGUGCUGAGGUUCCUCCGGGACACAAACCCUGUGGAGCUGUCUGAGGCCAAGGGAAUGAUUUCUGUUGUGUCCCACGCUGCCGAGAGCCACUUCCACCUGGUCCUGGGCACGGUGACUAUGUUCUCUGCCACUUUCACCAGAGACUGGUCCUACCAGGCUUCCACGGGCUGGAAGGUACAGCGGCGGCAGAAGAUGGAGAGAACCCAGACCAUUCGUGCUGCUCUCAUGCGCACCUACGGCGGCAUCGCACUGCACGCCCCCAAGGAGCAGCUGCUCACCUGUGUGGAUAAAGACAUCAUGGGCAACAUCCUGAGGCUGUCCAGAGAUAAACAGAGGGACUUGCAGCUCAAGCUCGCCCUGGUGCAGAGCAUCGCCGAGGUCAGUUGUGCCAUCCAGGCUGUGGGCGACUGCGGCAGCUUUGAGCUCUCCUUAAAGCAGGAGGCGACGCGGACCCUGCUGGCCUGGAUAAAGAGGGAGCCCUGGGACUCGCUGGUGUAUGGAGUGUUUCAGGCCCUGGAGGAGUUGAGCAAGCUGAGGCCGCCUCUGAGCGGGAAGGAAAAUCGCAACCUGCUGGCAGUGUGCUGCCAGAGUGUUUUGUCCCAUCCUUCCGAGGAGCGGAUGAAAAAGGGAAGGAAGAGUGUGAGGGCAGCUGUGAACAUGGAGCUUCUGCACAGGAGAGGCAUGGAAGAUCUGGGCCACCUCAUAGAAACCCUUCUGGAGGCUGAGGCGACCUCUGCCUGCUUUGACGACGUGGUCCACGUCCUGAAGGGCUGGCUCACCUCAGCCAAAGAAUGGGAGCGGGAGAGAGCCCUGCAGGUUUUCACCCACGUGCUGGGCGCUUGCAAGGAGCGAUGCGAGCUCAUGAGAGGAUGUCCCUACAAGCACUUCGGCUCCCUGGUGGGACUGCUGGGGUCUCUGACCAGCGACUGCCUGGCCACGUGCCGCCAGAGGGCAUGGGUCUGCCUUGGCUACCUUCUCCAAAUGCAAGCCAAGAGAAUGAAGGUGCCGCAGACAGAUGAGAUCUGGUGCCUUUGUGAGGAGCUGAACAGCCCGCACACCGAGACUUCGGCAGAGACCUGCACCGAAAUAACAAAGGCUGUUUGCAGAUGCAUCCCUGCAGCACAGGCUGUGGACUUUCUGACUGCCGUCCUGGGCAGCUUGCUGCAUGUCAUGCCCCCAUGUGCAAGAGCAGUGUGGAAGUGGGUGUUCGUCUUCCUGGUGGAAUGCAGAAAGGAAAUAGUCCAGGAGGUGCCAAAAAUCUUGGACACCCUUUACAGCUACAUGCAGCAGAGCACCCACAGGCCCUUCCUGCUCCAUGCAGUGUUUCUCCUCACCCGCUUUCACCAGGAGCCCGUAAUCAGCAGUCUCCUCCAGAAGAGUCUCUUCAUGGACAGUGACACGGUGGAGCUGUGGAGGAGCCUGGGGAGAAGCAUCCUUGGGAUUCGGAUCCUGAGGUGCUUAGCGGAGAAACUAAACAGAGCAGGAAACGACCGCCCGGGGACGGGCUCCUCCACUUGUGAGCGGCACGACCGUCAGACUGCUCUGGAGACUCUGACGAUCACCUGUGCCAUCUCCGAGGUGGUGCUUGCCCUGAGGAGCACGGAGGAGCUCAGGCAACUGCUUCCCCACCUCCUUCCCAGCCUCCUGAGGUGGGCCAGUGAAAUGCUGGGUGAGGAGAGGCUGCUUUUGCUCAUGAGCAGCUGGGGAGAACUGUUCCUCGAGUGCCAAAUGCACGUGGAGAAGCCGUGCAGGGUUUUCCUUUCAGCUCUAGAGUUGGUGCUGGGCAAAUGCAUGGCGCAGAAAUGGAUGCAGCUGCUCGUGAAUUGGGGAGUGUGGGCUCGCCUGGAAGACCCCCUGGCUUACCCUGAGGGGGUGUGUCUCCUGAGCAGGGUCCUGCUCCACGCUGGGCUCGUCUCCCCCUGUCUGGUGAAGAACCUCUUGCCGUGGCUGGAUUCCUGCUCAGUUAAACUGCGGGUGACAGCUACAGCUUUCUUUAGCAGCCGCCUGCGGCGCCUUCUAGAAGACCUGGAGAGGCAACAGAGUGCCCUGGAGAUGGAGAACCGCCUCCUGAAAAAGGAAGGCUCUCCAGAAGCGCGCCGCGCCAGGCUGAACGGGGCUGCAGACAAGGAGGCCAUCGUCCUGGCAGCUAUGAGAAAACAACUGGCGGAGCUGCGAGCGCUCAUAGCUCGAUACAGCUAUGAUGCUUUCAAUGGUCCCAACGAGCGGCCUGAACUAGAGCUUCCUCUAGUUGCUGGACGAUACAUGUACAUCUUUGGAGACGUGGGUGAAGAUGCACAAAUGUGUGAGUGCUGCACGUUUGCAGGGAGCACCAAGACGGACCAGUCAGCAAGUAGGCGACUCGUGGGAUGGGUGGUCUGCGGUGGGCAGGGAAUGGGACAGGACUGCGACCAGGAAUGCCGUGGGAGGGGAGGUCCGUCACUCAGGGAGACAAGGAUGAAGGGUGGGCAGUGA